AUGAACGAAACAGAUGGAAAAGUCAUGCAGGGCAUCGACUCCGGGUUGGUGGAGGGGUCGCAGUCUAUUUUGCUCGACUUUGACCCUCAAUUAUCCCUCGAAUUCCUGAAGGAGGCAGCGGCGCUCAGCGGGAAGCGCCCGCCAGCACAUGCUACUAGGGAACAGCUUUUGGCGAUGCACAAUGAAUUCGUCAGCAAAUCGGUCAAGGAUGGGAAGAACGGACCUCGACCAGUCAAGAAAGUGAUUUUGUCUCUGGCGUACCCACCUUCUACGAAACCCAUCCGUGAUCUUGAGAAGAUUUUACUCGACGGCCUUCUGGUCGAGAUGCACCACGAGGACAAGUUCCUCGUCGUAAGGUCUGUGACUGCCCCCUUUUCAGGGGUUGGUACGGUGGCGGUCGUCGAAGACGAGACGGGCUACGCGGAUAAGAUUGCCAUCUAUAAUCAGGGUGAGGCUUCCAUACUCUCUGAUAUCCCCGAGGGAUUAGCUAUUGCCAUCAAGGAGCCCUAUUACAAGUUUAAUGGAGAAGACGACUAUAUGAUCUGUGUGGAUCAUCCUUCUGAUAUCCUUGUAUUGGAACUGGAUAACACACUUGUGCCUCCGGCAUUUCGGCCUAGUUCGAAUGGGACUCUGCAUUCCAUCACCGCUGGAGACGAUUCGCUAAAACGGACCAUACUCGCCAAGCGUGCCGGGACGAACCUCAAUUUGAGCUGUUUUGAUGCCGCCUUGGCUGAUGCAUUGGAGUCGCGGGAUGGUGAUACCCACGAUUGGAAAGCCUACCUCGUGGCUGGAAAGUCAGCCUACGCCCUUCAACGAUACCAAGAAAGCAAAGAAUAUUUCCUUUCAGCGUUGGAUAAGAACCCAGCCGCACUGGGGGUGAAGCAAGAAUACGAAAAAUGUCUUGCAAGAAUUCGAGAGGAGGAAGAAGGGAUAUACGACUUCGCCUCCAUGCGAGAGCAGGCAGACCGUGGGAACGUCCACAUGGACUGUGGAAGUUUCACCAAAAAAACCACAAUAUCCACCUCACAGCAUCAUGGACGAGGUUUGUUUGCUGCACAGGACGUCAAGGCUGGGGAAUUGCUCUAUUGUGAGAAAGCGGUUUGCAUGCCCAACGAGUACAACGUCCAACACAACGGAAGUGCUCUCUACGCCAAUAUGGUGGAGCAGUGCGUGAAUAACCCUUCGAUGCACGCCAGGACACUGGAGCUGUACGGCGGGAAAUACAAGAGGUCGGGUUUAGAGGGUACGACCGUCGACGGUGUGGAAAUCGUCGACAAUUUCCUGCUUGAAUCCAUCAGACGCACAAAUUGCUUCAUGGCGCCUUCAAGCAGUCUGACGGCCGCGCAGCCGGGGUGGACCAUGGAGAAAGGUGGCAUGGCACGAGGGAUGUGGCUCCAUGCCGCAGCUGAGAAUCACUCCUGUUUCCCCAAUUCGAUUCGUGCUUUCAUUGGCGACAUGCUCAUCGCAGUAGCCACCGACAACAUCAAGGCAGGCGAGGAGAUCUACCAGGUUUAUCUGCCUCCCAAGGCCAUCUACACUAUGCGAACCGACCAGUUCGUCCAGUGGAGUUUCAAAUGCGGGUGCCAACUCUGUUUGGCAGAAGCCAAGUCCCCCAUGGCCAACCACGAGCGGAGAAAACAAACGUUUCAUGAGAUUGACAUCAUAAUCUCGAAAACGAAGAAGAAGUCGGGGCUGUUCAUCCAGCAGUCCACCAUCCGUUCCAUCGAGAAACUGACCCGCAAACUCGAAGAUCUGCACGAGGAUGAAAUCUACGGCAGCAUGCCCAGGCUCAUGUUGGUCUGGCCGACCAUGUGGCUCACCGAAGCAUAUCGCAAUCUGAAGCACCACGCCAAGACCAUCAGGAGUGCCUGGCAGGUUAUCCGGAACUUUGGGUUCGUCAAUGCUGCCAAGGAGGGUAAUUGGGACAUCUUCGCUACUACGCCGACAGGCAUCACGGCAUUUGAGGUGGACAAUGCUCUCAGACAUGCUCGCGAUGCGUACACUGCUUUGGGCGAGGUGCAGCUGGCGGCGCAGUGCGCGGCUUCUUCUAGGAUGGCUUGGCGGAUGUUGGUGGGGUUUGAUAAUGAAGCUUCAAGGCUGUCGGAUUGGAUUGGUGAUGAGUACAAGGAUGUGAAUUAG